GAUUGGUAAAAUGUUCCAGAUAAUAAUAUAUAAGAAUGGCUGGUGAAGACUCUAAAGUAUUCCUGGAUGAGUUGAACGGAACCCUCUCCGUCAACAUGAAUUCCUCCUCGGCUGCUCCGGGGGAUUCUACUUCUCUACUGAUAUUGAUUGAAUACCCAGAUGGGGUUCAAACUAAGUACAAACUCAAGCAGAGCACAACCUUUAAGAAACUGUUUGAUGCGUUCUACACAACUAACCACCUAUCUGAUCGUUCUCAUCUCAGGUUUCAUUUUGACGGACAACGUGUAAAACCUGAAGACACUCCAGAUGGAUUAGGAAUGCAGAGCGGAGAUUGUAUUGAUGUCAGAUCAGAGCAAGAGGGAGGACUACUUUAGAAGGAGUUGAACAUCUUCUAGAAAUAUAAAUAUAUCAACCUGGCAACCGUCAUUACUAUACUAAAAAUUCUAAAAUUCGCGAAUUUUUUAUUCAGCUGAAAAUUGUAGCUCCUUAAAGAUUUUGAAAUUUAUCUGUGCACCAUUUUAAUUUUUGAAUUUUUGUUCUCAUGUUAAAAAUAGACAA